UGUGUGUGUGUGUGUGUGUGUGUGAAAGUGUGAAAGUGUGAAAGUUUUGGAAAAAAGGGGAAAAGACAAGUGCGAAUUUCUACUCAGUAAUAUCUAUAUUCAAUAAUAUAUGCAUUUAAUUUGAAGACACUGCAUUUGGUUAGGUUUUUGCAUGAAUUAUAAAUUAUACAUUUUCAUUUGUAAAUCCGGGAAAGCAAUUUUUCUCCAUAGAAAGACCCCGAGGUAUCACAGCAAUAGAGGGAAAAAAUGUUAAAGCUGCUUUUUUUUGUUGUUGUUUGUUCCUGAGGGUGAGACUGUGAAGGUUCUGUACCAAGUCUUUGAGGUGGUGCUGUAGAGUUCCACGGUGACAGGUGAAUGGGAUGGAUCAUGGAAGCUGUCCGGGGCCGGGACCGGACCCCCUCUCUUUGUACGGGACAUUCGCGGGAGUGCGCAGGGCGCGCCGCGCCGCACCAGCGGCGACGGCGUCACACGCACUUUACGCACGCUGGAUGGACGGAGGCACAGACGGAUCCGGCGGAGGACGAUGCUCACACCGGCUCAGAAGAAGGGCUUUGUGUCCGGGUCCAUCCGCCGGGGCCGAUCGAUAUUAUUUCCAGGUCAAAACCCUCAGUUUCCUGUGCGGCUCGUUCGCACUAAAGAUGGCCGGAGAUGGCGGCGCCCUGAAGGAUAUCAAUGAGAUCAAAUCCCAGUUCCGCACCAGAGAGGGCUUCUACAAGCUGCUCACCCUCUCCGACUCGCAGCAGCGCGGCGGGCUGCCGCGCGGUCCGUCCGCCGGGGCCGCGCUGGGCCCCGGGCCCGGCGCCGGUCCCAUACCCGGCGGAGGGGUCGGGCUGCUGCAGGGGCCCGGGGCCGCCGCCGCCGCCGCAGCCGCCGCCGCCGCCGCCUCCUCUUCCACCAGCGCCGCAGCCAACUCCUCUCCGACGGGCUUCCUGCCGCCGGUGCGCGUCUCCAUGGUCAAGCUGCAGCCCGAGGACCCGGGCGAGGAGUCGGAGCGGGUGUGCUUCAACAUCGGCAGGGAGCUGUACUUCUACACGUACACCAACAUCAAGAAGGCUGUAGACCUCAGCAAGCCAAUAGACAAGAGAAUCUACAAGGGGACUCAGCCGACAUGUCACGACUUCAACCAGUACUCGGCCACAGCAGAGAGCGUGGCCCUCAUCGUGGGUUUCUCGGCCGGACAAGUCCAGUAUCUCGACCCCAUCAAGAAGGAAACCAGUAAACUCUUCAACGAGGAGAGGUUGAUAGACAAAUCCAAGGUGACGUGUCUGAAAUGGCUUCCCAAGUCAGAGAACCUGUUCCUGGCCUCCCAUGCCAGUGGCCACCUCUACCUCUACAACGUGGACCACCCAUGUGGCACCACGGCUCCACAGUACUCCCUGCUCCGGCAGGGUGAAGGCUUUGCGGUCUACGCCUGCAAAACCAAGACGCCGCGCAACCCACUGCUGCGAUGGGCAGUGGGUGAGGGGGGCCUCAAUGAGUUUGCUUUCUCCCCAGAUGGUGUGCAUGUGGCGUGUGUGGGCCAGGACGGCUGCUUGCGUGUCUUCCACUUUGACUCGAUGGAGCUGCAGGGGGUAAUGAAGAGCUACUUUGGCGGGCUGCUGUGCGUGUCGUGGAGUCCAGACGGGAAGUACCUCGCCACAGGCGGAGAGGACGACCUGGUAACUGUCUGGUCAUUUGCAGAAAGUCGAGUGGUAGCAAGGGGCCACGGCCACAAGUCCUGGGUCAAUGUGGUGGCAUUUGACCCCUUCACGACCUCCCUGGAAGAUGAUGAGCCCAUGGAGCUCAGCGGCAGUGAAGAGGACCUCCACCAGGGGGCGCCAAACAAUUCCAUGCACUUCGGCCGGGUCAGAACAAGCAGCACGUUGUCGCAUCUUUCUCGGCACAGCUCUAAAGGCGGUGGUACCGCCUCAGUCACAUACCGGUUUGGCUCAGUGGGGCAGGACACCCAGUUCUGUCUGUGGGACCUGACGGAUGAUGUGUUGUACCCACGCCUACCGCUGUCCCGCGCCUUUACUAACACUUUUGGACCCUCACUCGCCAACUCUGGUAGUGGGGUGGUCAACAGCACCUCAGGUGGGGGAGGAAAUGGAGAGGUUGAGGGGCACCAUCACCCACCUAACACCAACACUGGCACAGCCAUCCCUCCAACAAUCCCCUUACCGCUUCCCCGCUCCCUCUCACGCUCCAACUCUCUGCCCCACCCUGCCGUGGCAAAUACCUCCAAGGGCCAGGGCGCCUCGGAGGGCGGCGGGGGAGGGGGAGGAGGGGGCGGGACGGGCGGCGGAGGAAACAGCACCCCAUUCAGCAUUGGCCGCUUUGCCACGCUGUCGCUCCAGGAGCGCAAGUCGGACAAGUCCGGCAGCAGUGGCGGUGUGGAGAAGGAGCACAAGCGGUACCACAGCCUGGGCAACAUUAGCAAAAGCAAUGACAAAAUCAACGUGGCGCCGAGGAGCAACCGGCUGGACGCUGCUAAGGUCCUGGGCACCACACUGUGCCCACGCAUGCACGAGGUCCCGCUGCUCGAGCCGCUGGUGUGCAAGAAGAUUGCACAUGAGAGGCUGACCGUCCUGGUGUUCAUGGACGACUGCAUCAUCACCGCCUGCCAAGAGGGCCUCAUCUGCACCUGGGCACGGCCCGGGAAGGCGAACUUGACAGCACAGAAUGGGAACUCUCCAAGUGGCACAGUGGUAUAGCUGGAGGAGAAGCUUUUCACUCAUCCCUCCCUCCUUCUCCUCCCGUGCUCUCCGUCGUCCUCUCUCUAUCUGAAGCUCCUCUCUGCUCAUCCUCAGAAAAUGUCAGACGUGCCCAACCCACAACUGCAGUAUUAUGCCCUCACUAUAACUCUCUGUGCUUGCCACGAUCCCAAAACCUGUGUCACUCUAACUUAACUCUCACGGCAGCCGUAGUUUGUUGGGAAAAACUUCUGAGGCGAGCAGGUAAACGUGAUGGUCACAAAGUUCGCUGGAAAUUUAGCGCCGAGCUUUGACCUCAACCCUUUCACACUCUCUGGGAUGAACUGCAGGAAAGUCCCUGCUGCCAGAUAUCAAAAUCCGAGUUGGUUAUAGCUUGAGCCCGACCAAUAAUAUUAGCCCAUUUGAGCCUUUUGUAUCAGCGCUUGUGUUUACAUUACAUCACAGGUGCUUUUGUCCGAAGCGACUUACGAUAAGUGCAUUCAACCAUGAAGAUAUUACUCCAAAACAUACAUAAACAUUGAUCAAACAUUUUACCAAUAUGAAAUCUUUUACUGUACAAAAUAAAUAAUGCAGAAAACAAAAUGUAAAAUGGCUAAAAUGAUGUUGAUUUUCUGAAAUCAAAUUCUAUAUAUUUGGUUGUAUUUGUGUUUUCUUUUUGUUUAUGAUAAAGUUUAUGGUUAAACUAAAAUAUCAGGCCGCAAUUACAAUUAUCUUUGUGAAAAAGGUUUGAUAAAAACCUCUUUGGAAUUAUUGACGCAUAUAAUAUAAAAGUAAAUACAUAUACAUAUAUAUACAUAUAUAUAUAUAUAUAUAUAUGAUGUUUCUGUAUUGGAAAUCUUGUACUCCCUAACUCCAUAUCGGUCAGGCUCUAGUUAUAGCAGAUUAUGGUCUACGGACAUAACCCAUAUAUAUAUAUAUAUAUAUAUUCAUGGGUUAUGUCCUCUUCACUGCCGCCACUGGUCAGGUGUCCACAUACUUUCGGCUAUAUAAUGAUUUUUAAACUUGAACCUGGAUUCUUAUCUGUCGUACAACAGCAACAGUAAUAACUGUAAUAACAGUUGUCCUCUUUAACAAAAUUCUGAUUCACAGAUUCAACAGUACUUUCAGUACUAUUUGUUUGUACAUCAUCGAGGCAUUCUUCAGCUCUACUGUACCUUGUAUUAUUGAACUCUUUCCUUUUCCAAAGGUACAUUUGGGUUUUGAAGUGUUAAGUUAGGUUAGUUUCAUCAUCCAGACUUGAGGGAUUAUAGUAGAAAUCUGCUAAAAAAACAGAAACAAAUAAUUUGACCAUUAUCUAACUAUGUAUUUUAUUGGGCAGCAUGAAUCCUGAUGCAGCACACACUGAGCUUAGUCCUCAGGGUUUUCCCAUCUCAUGCCACCGUGAGAAUCAAGUUUUUCUUCCCAGCGCUUCUGCCUUCACCUCGCUCCUCCUUGUUCCUCUGCAGAAGACUGCAUCAGACAAAUGGUUAGUCCUCUCUAUGCGUUACCCUGAAGCAACAAGGAGCGAAUGGCAGGCCAGGCUCAGUCUUCAUUUGUUCUCCAGCCCCGCCUUCAUCUGACCCCUCCCUUUUACCCCAUCAUGCCACGGCCAUUGAAUUUAAGUUAUUUAUUUUAUCACAGGACUGUGUAGUAAUUUAUACUGUAAAUACUGAAAAUACUCUAUAAAUACAAAAAGGACAAAUGUGUAUGGAAAUAAUGACUUGACAGCAAGGACUGAAGAAAGAGAUGAGGAAUAUUAAUAUAUGAAGAUACUUCUAUUGUACAUAAAAACCACAGUUAAAAGUUGAAUGUCUGCUGUUUUAGGGAACUUGAAGAUGUCAAUGUGUUUUUAUUUUGUGUGAUAGAGUUUCUCCAGUUUGUCCCAGUAUGUGAGCGGGGUUGACUCCGGAGGCGGAAGCAAUUCGGGGUCCGGUGUAACGUUUUCGACAGACUGGCCCGAGUGCAGAGAGAGCAAUUCAAAGUGUUUGCUCGCUGUACAUGUCAGCUGACUGUCCAAGUGAAUAGGUCCAAAUAAUACUGAUUGUGCUGAACAUCAUACGUGGACGAACGGCAUCUUAAGAAAAUAUCCUACUCACAAACAAACACACACUCUUGCACAUUCCGCCGAACAUAAAACGGCUUACACACACAUGCACGCACGCAACAAACACAAUCCACUUGUUGUGUAGCAUCAUACAGUACACUGUGUCUUGGACUCCAUUCCUGUUGCACCUGAAUUGCCUCUUGCAAGAAUUUGCACAUACAGUAAAUCCACAGUACAUCCUGAGCUGUCAUGGCUCUCUCAUAGGGGAUCUCAUAGGUUUGCAACUUGAGAGGAAGCGACUCUGCGUCAACAUUUAGAUUUAUUGCCUUUUGUUUGAUUAAAUGAAAAAAUUUGCCUCAGGGUAUCGUUAGACUAAUUUGGAUGUUGAUUGUGAUUAUCGAUUCUGGUGCUUAAUAAGUCGUUGUUCAGAUUUCUGGCAGAUUCUUUUUGAGGAAGAGAAGAUAUUAUUUCGGGCUGCCUGCCAUCACCCUCUCAAUAUGUAUUUUUGUGAUUGUUUUUGGUUAAAAGGUCAAACAGAGGAAAACAAAAAAAUUCUCCCUCUUGGCAUAUACAAGUUUCAGUAUUUGCUUUUUUUUACUGGAGAUGGACAUCAACUGAUUUGGAGGCAUUAUAACUAUUAAAAAGAGGACGUUAAAAACUCUGCAUUCUUAUGCUGCAUAAAUGCCUUCUCAUUGGACACGUUUCCUCUCAUCAUAACCGGACUGAAUAUUCAUUUUGCUUCAAACUUAUGCUCAAGUCAGAGGAUUUCUCUUUGGAGGGGUUGUUCUUAUCCAACCAGUCAGCAGUGACCGGUGUACAGUAUCUGAAGCAGUCAAUGUUAUGACCCAUGCGAGCAGCGAGGGCUGGCGCCGUCUGGCUGACUGUCGGAUGAGCAGCUCACCACUUUGGUCUAAACUGACAACACACAACCGUUUGAUGGAUUAUUAUGGAUUUCUGUUCAGACAUGCACUACUUAAUAUUUUUUGUGACCGUGAAUCUUUUUGUGAGUUCACUGUUUCUGUUCUUUUGGGUCCAGAUGUUUUCAGGACUCAAUAUGAGGAAUUGGGGAAAAAGUUAGCUAUAAAUCUGGAACUGGUUUGAAUUCAGAGCCACUUGUCCACUCCCAGCUCUAUGACUCGCAGAUUAUCGACAUGCCUGCAUGCCAAAACGUCCCUGUCCACUUCUGAACCAUCAACCAGAUAGAAAGGGCUGCUGAUGUGUUUCUGAACAGGGCCUUGUCUUUUGUGUUCUUCUUGGUAUGCCUCUUAUUUUGGACCAUAACAAACCACCUCCUAAUGACUCCUCCAUUACAUGUACAAUUACUCAAAGCCAACUGAAACCUUAGUGCAGUAUGCCAGCCGUAUUUUUUAACAGCCGUUGUUUAUUCUUUUGUGUAUGCAUUUUUUUGUUACCUCACUGGGACCUUCUCUGGUGUACAAGCCGAACCUUGUAGGGACCCAAUGUCCCAAUAAGAAUAGCUGCACAAAUGUGUGUGUGGGUAAUAUCCGAGAGUGCAUCCUAUAAAUAGCAGGGGAUCAUUCAGGAAAGCAGGAUCCAGGGUUAUGCCCUUGCUGCAACAGACCAACCACCAGUUUCCUUGCACUGCAGUUUGAGAGUGUCGCUGCAGCCGAUACACACUCGUCUUUGUUGUCAUAGCAGCAGCAUGUCAAGUGUAACUCGAAUGAGCUCGUGGCUUUUCAGGUUUCAGGGUCCAUCUUGGCUGUAAGGCUAAAUUCAUGCUUCAUCACGUCUGAGACAUGAGGAAAACUUAGAACCUGCAAUCAUAGACCACAAGAGAGUCUAUGGUCUGUAUGACACGUGAGAAACAACAUAAAACACAAAAUACUGACAGCGUCAGUCGGCCAGCCAAACACACCGGCGCCAUCUUACCUCCCACUUGAACAUUAAAAUAGAACAAAUGUGCUUCGAGUGAGUUUUUCUUCUCUUUAUCCGUCUUAACCUCUCCCUUGUUAUCGUUUCUCAUUUUUUCCUUUCAUUUUUUGAGUGUGUGUGGGAUUUUUAAUGUGCAAACGGUGAUCACGGUUGUCUUAUCUAGCUCUGUGUCAGGGAGAAGGGAAGUUCAAUCACACGUGAUCAAACAAAGAUAUAUUCGUGACACAUUUUUGGCAAGUGUCUAGACAUGAUGAGGAUGUAUUGUAUUUGAAUAAGGGGCUUAGCAUGGCACAGUUAUUUGGCCACAAAACACUCGGCUUAGGCUGCACAAGCUGUUUGAAGGAAUAUCACAGUGACUUUGCAAUCUUAUGUCGAAGAGACGUUAAACAAAUUUCCUGUGAACCUGAACAGUUUUAAAUAAAAGUGACUGCAGAUGUACAUAUCUGCAGGUGCACAGCUCCGACACGACUCAGGUGAUCUUUGGAGAACAGGACACAAACACACUGGUUGCAUUAGACUGCAGCAUGACGAUGACCCGAAGGUCAUUAUAAAAUGAUGAGCGAGGAUAGUGCUUCAUUAAAUACUACCUCGCAGUUCAUUCCCGAAACAAACAACAAUAUUUUCUGGAACAGUCCUUAAACACUACAAGUCACUGUGUACGAGCAGAAAGUACAACAUCAUCCUGCAUGGGCCGAGUCAAGUGACACAAGAACCUGAGUUGACGCAAUCUUCAAAAGAUAAAAGAAUGCCACAGUAAAGUGAAAACUGAAAACUUACCUCCCAAUGCGACAUUCUGCACAGGAGCAACCUAAAUGUUCAGUGCCAAGGGAACAAAUAUCAUUCCAACUGUUGUGUUAAUUUUUGUGUUUUUAAUUUGACAUUUCAGUCUGAAGACUAAACAACACAGUGUAAAGGCAUUGUGUUUUUUUUACACUGUUUUUAUUUCUCUGUGUGUAUGAAUGUGUAAAAUAAUGCAUUCUCCUUUAUCGCCAUACAGUCACCACACGUACACACACUGACCCACACACACACAGCACACACGCUUUCACACACUCUGUUCUGGUGGAAGAUGCUUUAGCAGAAUGACGUCACUGUAUCCAGUUUGUUUAUGGAGAUCUCUUAUUAAAAGCUAAAGCUGAAACAGC